GCCCGGGAUUGGCCCCGCCCAUAUCCACGCAAGCAUCACCGUACUCACUGCCCGCACAUGCGUACACUUACAGCUACUUACAGAACGUAUAUACAGAUGCAGACAAAGGAUAUAUAAAUACAGAAGCAAUCAAUCAGAUUCCAGACUCUUCACCAUGGCCAAGAAAAGAGAGCUGUCCAAGGAUGUCAGGGACAAGAUUGUAGACCUACACAAAGCUGGAAUGGGCUACAGGUCCAUCGCCAAGCAGCUUGGUGAGAAGCUUACAACAAUUGGUGCGAUUAUUCGCAAAUGGAAGAAACACAAAAUAACUGUCAAUUUUCCUCGAUCGGGAUGUCCGUGCAAAAUCUCACCUCCUGGAGUUUCAAUGAUCGUGAGUACGGUGAAGAAUCAGCCCAGAACUACACGAGAGGAUCUUGUGAAUGAGCUCAAGGCAGCUGGGACCAUAGUUACCAAGAAAACAAUUGGUAACACACUACGUCGUGAAGGACAAGUCAGAAUGAAAACUGAAGACGGGCAGGCCAUGAAAACAUUCAUUGUUGGAAUUGGUGGUGUGACAAACGGUGGAAAAACAACACUUGCCGACAAGCUUCUAGAAAUGCUUCCCAACUGCAGUCUUAUCAGCCAGGAUAACUACUUCAAGCCAGAGGCAGAGGUUGCAACAGAUGAAAGAGGAUUCAAGCAGUUUGAUGUGCUCGAGGCCUUAAAAAUGGAAGCAAUGAUGUCAGAUGUGCUUUCUUGGAUCAAACAACAUAGAGAAAUGGAAAAAUCCAAAACAUUUCAAGAAAAAUAUGAAAAGUCUGUACAUUUUUUGAUAAUUGAAGGCUUCCUCCUGUACCACUACACGAAUCUGGAUGAUCUUUUUGACCUGAGGUAUUUUCUAUCUAUUCCAUACGAGGAAUGUAAGAAGAGGAGAAGCACACGGGUUUAUGACCCUCCAGAUCCACCAGGAUAUUUUGAUGGACAUGUGUGGCCCAUGUAUAUAAAGCACAAAGAAGAAAUGGACACGCUUCAAAGGGAAAUAGUUUUCUUAGAUGGUACUAAAACAAAAGAGGAACUUCUCUGUUAUGUGUAUUCUGGCAUUAAAAGAGCUGCUCAUCACUGUACAUCAUAAGGAGUUUCUGAGAAACUGGCGAUCACCAGACAUUAAGAAGCUCGUGUAAAGAUAAAGGUGAUGGUCACACAUGCAGCUUUGGAACGUCCUUUUUUAAUCCCUUGUCUCAAAAUAUAUUCAUAUAGAUGUAUUAGACGUACAAAAGAAAAGCUGCUUGAAUAAAGUAUAAAGACAGGUGGAACUCACCAAUCUUUUUUAUUUCAUAUUCUGUGGGUGUCUAAGCGGUGCAAUAAAACAGAGCAACAACCAGUUCACAUCUUUCUUCCGGCU